AUGGCCAGCGAAAUCGACCUUUACAACCAAUACCCACUACACAUGGACCCAGCCACAAAAGCCAUCACCCUCCCCCAAUCCUCCGCCUACACCACAACCCAACAAAACACACGCAGCGCCCAAAUCACCAAGCUCCGCGAAAGCGCCAACGCCGCCUUCCGCAAGAACAACUACGCCGAGGCCGUCCGCCUCUACACAUUCGCCAUCGAUAUGGGCGUUACUCGGCCGGGCUGGGAACCCGUUACCCUUGCGCGCGAGGAAUUGGCCGGGUUGUAUGGGAAUCGGGCACAGGCGCAGAUGGCGCUUCAGGCGUGGCCGGAGGGAUUGGUGGAUGCUAAGUUGAGUGUUGAUUCGAAGCCGUUGGGGAAUGUUAAGGCUUGGUGGCGGGUUGGGAAAUGUUUGGCGGAGAUGACGAGGUAUGAGGAGGCGAAGGGGUUUUUGAAUAAGGGGAUUGAGAUUGAGGGGCAGGGGGCCGAUAGUGCGAAGGAGUUGAUUACGUUGUUGGUUGAUGUUAAUGCUGCCUUGAAGAGGGUUCAGGGUGCUUAG